AUGAACAAUACAUCAUCAUGCCCGGAGCCUAUUGCAGUGAUAGGCCUGGGCUGCCGUUUUUCUGGCCAGGCGGCGUCGUUAGACGGCUUCUGGGAGAUGUUGCGAGAUGGACGAAAGGAACAUGGCCCUGUACCCGGUAACCGAUAUCAAGCCGCGGCGUGGAAGCAUCCGAGCCAUGAAAGAAAAGGUGCCAUCAACCAUGACAGCGGGUUCUUCUUGGAGGAAGACCCGGCAUGCUUCGACGCCCCUUUCUUCUCCAUCACAGCAAAGGAAGCCGCGGGCAUGGACCCGGCACAGCGCCUAUUGCUUGAGGUCGCAUAUGAAGCCUUCGAAAAUGCCGGCGUCCCCAUGGAGUCUCUGCCCGGGAGUUCCACCGGUGUUUACAGCGGCUGUAUGACGAACGACUAUGAAUUACUCUCCACCCGUGAUAUCAUGGAUAUGCCGCACAACUCAGCCACGGGGAACGGGCGGACAAUGCUAGCGAACCGCAUAUCGUGGUUCUUUGACCUGCGAGGACCCAGUAUAAUGAUGGAUACAGCGUGCUCCUCCAGUCUGACAGCACUGCACCUCGCCACCCAAGCAUUGCGUGCUGGCGAAUGCCGCAUGGCGCUGGUUUGCGGUGCUAGCAUAAUAUUGCACCCCAACUUUACACAACGACUAUCCUACAUGCACAUGCUCAGCGCCGACGGGAUCAGCCAUUCAUUUGAUAGCCGUGCCAACGGAUAUGGCCGUGGUGAAGGCCUCGGGGCAGUCCUACUAAAACCUUUAUCCCAGGCGGUAGCCGACGGGGAUGUAAUUCGUGCCAUAGUGCGGGCCACUGGGGCUAACCAAGACGGCCGGACGCCCGGGAUCACCAUGCCCAACGCCGAAGCACAAGCAGAUCUCAUCCGGGCGACGUACCGACAGGUAGGGCUGUCAAUGCGAGAAACAGCAUAUUUUGAAGCACAUGGAACGGGAACCGCUCUUGGUGAUCCUACGGAACUAUCGGCCAUCGGCGCCAGCUUUGGGGAAGAACGUACGCCGAACGACGAACCUGUUUACGUUGGCUCGGUUAAAAGUAACAUCGGUCACACGGAAGGAGCAGCUGGAGUGACCAGUCUUAUCAAAGUCGUGCUUUGUCUGGAGAAAGGGACUCUGGUACCAAAUGCAGGCUUUAUGACUUUGAAUCCUAAAAUCCAGACGGAGAGAUGGCGACUGCGCCUGAGCGACAUAACCCAGCCAUGGCCUUCCCAUCUCCCCCAGCGCGCCAGCAUCAACUCCUUUGGAUUUGGUGGCGCCAAUGCGCACGCCAUUCUUGAAAGUGUGGCUCAGUAUAUUGGCACUGCCCCUCAGACAAUACCUCGAUCGCCCAUCAGUAUUGCGCAGCUGGUAGUAGUGUCUACGCAUGACAAGGCUGGUUUGGAUCGGACAGCUCAGAAAUGGACGCAUGCACUCGAGGCGUCAUCGGAAACUCCCCCUUUGACCGACCUGGCGCAUACCAUGGCUACCCGACGCUCAAAGUUUGGAUUCCGCAGUUUUGUAGUUGCCGACACACUUGGUGGUCUGAAGGAGGCAUUGGGGCGAGGAUUGGCCAGUUUUCCACGUGCCAGGCGCCAGCAGCAGACUGCGCUAGCAUUUGUCUGCACUGGCCAAGGGGCGCAAUGGGCUGGCAUGGGAAUUGAACUGGUCGCAUUUCCUGUAUUUGCGGCCAGCAUCCAUCAUAGCCAGGAGGUAUUAACCGCCCUUGGCUGCCAGUGGGAUUUGGCCGAGGAAAUCCGUGCUCAUGCAAGUACAAGCCGUAUUAACCGCCCUGAUCGCAGUCAACCGGUCUGCUGCGCGCUCCAGAUCGCAUUGAUUGACUUACUGUCUGACUGGUCAAUUACUCCGAAAGCAGUAGUAGGGCAUUCUAGUGGCGAAGUUGGAGCUGCAUACGCAGCUGGAUAUCUUACCCACGAAGAUGCGAUCAGAAUUACCUACUUCCGUGGUGUAUUUUCGCAGCGUAUUGUUGAGAAUGGGCCGAGUGGAGGCAUGUUAGCAGCGGGCGUAUCCGAGGAAACUGCCCGAGACUAUCUAAAGGCCUUGUCUUUGGAGGCUGUUGUUGUUGCUUGCAUUAACAGUCCGUCGAGUGUGACGCUAUCGGGUAAUAAUGACCAGAUUAAUCAUUUGGCCGAAUAUCUGCAGGCCAGGGGGCACUUUGCACGGAAGUUGCGUGUUGAUACUGCGUAUCAUUCCCCUUACAUGCGCGCUUUAGCUGAUGACUAUCGGGAUUCCAUUGCAUCGAUCAAGCCCGUGAAUCUACAUCAAGGGAAAGUAGCAAUGUUUUCCUCCGUUACAAAGACGCGUGUUCAACACCCCGAUGAACUCGGGCCGGAUUAUUGGAUACGCAAUCUCGUCAGUCCCGUCGAAUUUGCUGCAGCAGUGGGCCAGCUGGCCACUAUGAGUGAGGCUGGUCCUCGACGCCGGCGCGCAGUAGCUGUCCCAUGGAGCGCCAUCCUCGAGAUUGGCCCGCACGAGGCCCUUAGGGGACCGUUCACCCAGACCGUUCAAGAAGUCAAUGCGGGUCUGACUUCCUUGCCUUACCUGAGCUUAGUGCAGCGGAAGAAGGAUGCACUACAUACAUCUCUACAGGUAGCUGGUGUCCUCUGGAGUAUUGGAUGUCCCUUAGAGAUUGACUGGGUAAAUCGGAGCUUGCUUGGCGAUCAUAAGCCACAGUUGAGUCAGGCGCUUCUUCCGUCUUAUGCUUGGAAUCAUCAGUCCAGGUACUGGCAUGAACCGUAUGAAUCAAGUCAAUUACGCCAACGUGUCCAGCCUCGCCAUGAUUUACUUGGGGUCGCCUGCGAUUAUCAAAAUAAUAUUGAGCCUCGAUGGCGGAAUUUCCUACGUCUCUCGGAGCAUCCAUGGCUGGCUGACCAUGUCGUUGCAGGCUCCAUUGUCUUGCCUGCGGCAGGGAUGGUGGCGAUAGUAGCUGAGGCCGCACGUCAGUUGACCGAGUCUGUGACCCUGGCCGGCAUUGAGUUUCAUGAUUUGGAAUUCUUCCGAGGCAUGGUUAUUCCUUCUGAGGAAAACGGACUUGAGAUUUUACUUCAUGUGUCCCCCCAUGCCGUGCCUGGCUGGUACCAGUUCGGCAUCUUUUCUCGGCCAGAGGAAUCCCCAUGGGUUCAACAUGCAAAGGGUAGCUUUACAAUGGAUUAUGCGGGAGAGGAAGAGCAAAUGGAGGACAGCACUACCGCAUUGAACUGGGCGCGGACGGUCCAACAAGCUCGACAGACACAAACUGCGGCGAACGUGGCAGUGGAUAGUGAGGCGGUUUAUGGCUGGUUGUCUGAGACUGGAGGUGUCACCAUGGGUCCGACCUUCCGAACGAUGCAGAGGGUUUUCUUCCAUCCCACACAGUCUCGCCUGUUUGCAUCAGUGAUUGUAACGGAUACUAAAAGUACCAUGCCCCAUGAGCAGGAAUCGCCGUACUUUCUUCAUCCAUCAUCUCUGGAUUCGCUUUUCCAGGCUGCUGUACUCUCCUGUUCCGAGGCACUGUCUAACCAGAAUGCUCAGAUCCCCAUUGCGGUAGACCGACUCUACAUGUCCACCCGCUUUUCACCCUCAACUGGGGAGCAAUUCAAUCUUCAUGUGGAAACGCACUGGGACGAGGAAGGCAUUUCUCGAUCAGAGGUUGUUGCAUCGCACCCCACCUGGUCACACCCUGGCCUCGUACUGCAAGGUGUCCGACUUGGUGGGGUCCCAAUACAGUCCCGCCCGUCUGCUGCAGUUGAAAACGUUCCUCAGAGCCGGUUCUCAUCACUAGUCUGGGCCGAGCAUGUGGACUCCUGGGCCGAGCAUUGUGAUGGUACACUCUCAUCAUGGCUUAGAAGCGUGUGCCAUACUCAUGGCGAUGCACGCAUGCUGGUGGUGGCAGCAGAGAGCCGCUUUGACCACCUGGUGCCGGCUCUCCAGGAGCUGGUCCCAACUGGCAAAUACCGGCCAAAGCUGCAACAGCUAACGGUAAUCUUAGUAGAUAUGAGUCCAGAUGGUUCAAGUGCGCGGGUACAGGCUUUGCAGCAAAUACUACCCAACUGCCACCUACACCCUGUGCUCACCCUGGCGGAGGUAGCUUCGUCCCUGCCAGACGAAGGAGCAUACGACGCGGUCCUACUGGAUCACCCCGACCUGUGGACUGGCAGACAAGACUUUCCCCUCCUGGAUGAUAUUAACAGAGUCGCCCAACCAGAUGGCUGGAUAAUUGCGUCCAUCCCAGCGGGUAUGCAGGAUGAGGUCACUCAAAAUCUUGACAGACAUGCCGAUUGGAAGGUACACGGGAUUACUUCUCAGACAAACUCACUACUUAUCCAUCGGCGGGAUGAAGCGUCUUCGUUACUAGACCCAAUCAUCUACGUUCUGGCACCCGAGCCAGCUGACAUUUUUAAUGCUCUGUUACAGGAGCUCACCCCCUUGAUCGAGGAGCAGGGCGCCCGGGUGGAGAGAGUAAGCCCCCAUGAGGUAUCAAAAUUGAAGGACAAGCAGGUUAUAUCGUUGAUGGAACUGCACGAGUCAUGGACGCUCCGCUGGACUCCCGCAGAUAUGGAAUGCAUGCGCACGCUGGUUCAGGCGAAAUACAUACUCUGGGUAUCGCCCGCACCCUUGGACACAGCCGCCUCUUAUGCGGCUACUGGUGCUACAACCGGGCUGUUACGAACUCUGCGGAAUGAAAACCCCAACCUGGACCUACCCCAGCUUCUAAUAGAGGAGAAGGAUGUUGCGCGGGAUCCUGGUCAUCUUGGCCGUAGUAUUGCACGUCUUCUACGACUAAGCCACCAGUCGCGGUCGCGACCCCAGGAUUACGAGUACUUACUGCGCGACGGCCGCUUGUAUGUACCACGCGCAAUUGCUUACUCGCCAUUGGAUGAUGCGAUGGAAGCAGCUGUACAUGGCCCGAAACCUAUACUGGCUGAGUUGACGGAGGACACCCGACCGCUGCGUCUACACAGCAAGUCAUCCGAUCUUGAGGGAGCGCAAUGGCAAUUGGACGACCGACUAGCCACUGCGAUAGCGGAGGAUGAAGUAGAAGUUCAUCUUCAUGCUAUUUCACUUCCCUCUACAACAGCAAAGACCACGGAGGCUCGCGUCCAAUUGACAGAGGCCUUGGGCACUGUUUGCCAGGUCGGACAGUCUCUGCUAUCGGUCUUCUCGGUUGGAGAGACGGUGCUGUGUGUGAUACCUGGCCAGACCAUAUCCACUCGGGUUCGUUUGCCCGAGAGCUCUGUCUGGACUUGUCCUCCGCAGCAAGGCCCCGCGCAAUCUCUCUCCAUGCCGAUCGCGUAUUCUACCGCCUAUACCAGUCUUGUCAAUGGAAUGCAUCAAGUAUCCGGCUCCGUUCUGAUUGUGGGCUCUGUUAAUCAGACACUCAGGGCCACUGUACACUGUGCCUUAGCGGCAAGGAUGCAGGUGUUUGUUGCGGUGGAUGGUGUUGUAGAGGAGCUACGUGCCCAGUACCCUGUCUUAAAAGGCCGGAUUAUCUCCCUCCAUCGGUCACUUCCAACUACCAUUGCCCGUUUGACUAGCGGCAGAGGAGUCGAGCUCACUGUCUGUAACCUCGCGGGAGCAGCUAGCCGACAAGCAGCGUCUUGCCUAGCGCCUGGGGGUCGGUAUAUUGACCUGAGUGGGGACCUGCAACUCUCGGCACUACCCCAGAAGAUCUUAGAGCAAGGCUGCACUGUCACCUCACUCUCUCUGUCUCGGAUGCUUAGGGAUACUCCGCGCCUGAUACAGGCUAAUUUCCACCGAGCAGUCGAUCUCAUCGCAGGACAUAAGUCUCUCGUGCAGGUGGCAUCUUAUCCUGUCUUUCCAGUUUCACAGGUGGACGAGGCUAUCUCUCAUGCGAGGAAUUCCGGCACCCGGGUCAUCCUUGACCUCCAGGCUCCAGGUCCCGUGGCAGUGAGACCUGUUCAACCCGAGCCAAGGCCGCUACCCAGUGAGAACACCUACCUUCUAAUUGGAGGACUGGGCACAAUCGGAAUCUCUCUAGCGAGCGCUCUGGUAGACAGCGGGGCCCGUCACAUUGUUUUUUCAAGUCGUUCUGGAGCAACACAAUCAAGUCAACAAGCCGCUCUGGAUGCACUGCGCGCGCGUGGAGCCCGAACGGAGGUGAUACGCUGCGAUGUUGCCUGCGAACAUGACGUGAAGCAACUCCUGACGCACGCAGCCUACCACAACUGGCGCAUCCGUGGCAUCAUCCAGUGCGCCACCGUUCUCAAAGAUGCGAUGUUCGACCAGAUGGACUGGGAAUCCUGGCAACAGUCGACACGGGCUAAGAUCCAAGGCACGUGGAAUCUGCACCAGGCGUUCCAAGCCACACGGCCGCUGGACUUCUUCGUCACUCUCUCCUCGAUCAGCAGUGUCAUCGGCAACAUGGGUCAGGCCAAUUAUGCCGCGGGCAAUGCUUUCAUGGAUGCCCUAAUGGAGUGGCGGCACAAACAUAACCUCGCUGGUUGUAGUAUCAACCUGGGGCUCGUUGAAGACGCCAGCGGAGUGACGGAUGUGGCUGAGUCUUCUGAGCAGCGUCGUCAGCGGUAUCGGCACGUCUUGGGAACCGAGAUCUCACAGGCAGAGGUGCAGACCCUUAUUCGUCUCCUCGUCCAGGGCCAGAUGCAACCUGCACCGCCUGCUCAGAUAAUUGCCGGGUUGAUUGAUGUUCUGCCGCGUGAAGACGGUGCCAGUCCCUGGCAAUUUGACCGCAAGUUCGAUCACCGUGCUCGGAUCGCCGAUCCUGAAGCCCAAGCUGCCACAGGCCCCGUCAAGACGAGCGUUCUACUCAAACGAGCUGACUCAAUAGAAGAAUCGAUCUCGCUCGUUAGCCAGGCUUUGCAAACCUAUCUGGCUCGGGCAAUGGGCGCUGCUCCUGAUUCUGUCGAUCUCGACUUGCCUUUGUCUGCUUUGGGAGUGGAUUCGCUCAAAGCGACGGAAAUGCAGACUUGGGUCAGUCGCGAAUUAGGAGCUGCGUUGUCUUCCUUCGAGCUCCUCAGCUCCCAGCCUGUGAGGAUCCUAGCUGAGAAGAUAACCGCGGGGAGCUCUUUUGUCGCUGCAAAGGCUUAG